AUGUGGAGAGCAAUCUUGCUCACGGCGAUUCCGCUGCUUUUACUUGGGCUAAUUAUUCCGUCUUCAGAAAAUGCUUAUCUAAGCGGUGAAAGAAGAGAACUAUUCAAAGAAAUAGAGCGAGAAUUGGAAAGAUACGACUUUUUCAAGAGGGAGAAUAGCGAAGAUAACGAAGAUGAGAAAAAAGAAGGUGACAAUGACGAGAAUGCAAGUGUUAUAGAUGAUGAGGAUGUCGACCCCGAUGAUCCAGAUAUGCAACUUUUACUAAGCAUGGGAGUUGUUGAGAACGGAGUUCUAAAACAUCCUGAAGGACUUCACCCUGAGGAAUCAAAAAGGGUCAAAGCAGAGGGUUUAUAUAGAACAAUCGAAACAGAGGAAGAAAAAGAUAAAGAAGGGGAGCCGGGAAAAGAGAAACGCAAGAAAAGAAACUUUGGGCCAAAUUGGCCAAACUGGCCCAAGGGGAUAGUUCCAUUUGUAAUAGAUUCCAGUCUAGUUGCCAAUAGAAAGUAUUUUCUACAAGCGGUCGAGCUUUUUCAUAACUUGACCUGCAUCCGGUGGAAGCCGAGAUCACCGGAAGUGGAAGCUGAAGUUGGACACAAAGGAUACACUCUCGUCAGAAAUCGAACAAGCUGUAGUUCUGGUGUUGGAUUCUCUGGUGACGGUGAGCAUAUAAUCAACUUGAUGGAGCCAGGCUGUGGAUCGGUGGGUGUGGCAGUUCAUGAAAUGUUACAUCGAAUAGGGCAGAGGCAUGAACAUACUCGAAGUGAUCGCGAUCGGUAUGUACAAAUUAGAUGGGACAGGAUCGAUCAAAAGAAUCAGUACAACUAUCAUCGACGACUUACGUACAACAGAAACCCCUAUGAUAUCGGGAGUAUAAUGCAAUAUGGAUAUGGAGCGGGUCAUGCCGUUGAACUGAGGGAUAAAAAUCUGCUUUUUCUGGUUUUUCCAAGCAACCAGCUGCUGUCCUUCUACGAUAUCAAAGACGUUUUGGAUCAAUACGAUUGCACAGCUCACUGUAAAACUCCACAGAGAUGUCAAAACGAAGGUUAUGUCAAUGCAGAAUGCAAAUGUACAUGCCCGAUGGGAUUUACUGGGACAACUUGUGAAACAAUCAUCACAGACCCUGAUUGUGGUGGAUUUGUACAACUGCAAGAAACUGAUCCUUCCCUAGAACGAGAUAAAGAUAUCACUGUUACGUCUCCAAAUUACCCGGGCCCAGUUGGUCAGGACAAAAUUUGUAGAUGGGCCAUAAAGGCACCUGCUGGCUACAUUAUCAAGAUGACGAUAGAUGACCUCCACAUGGCCUAUAACCCGGAUACACUCCGUUGUUACCACUGGCUGGAGAUUCAAUACAACCUGCCUGGCCAGCCAGGAGUGAGACGAUGUGGUGACAUUGUGGGUGAAAAAUUCUUUACAUCAGUGGACUCCCCAACAUUGAUGAUUGUAACCAUGGAUACAAAAUUCGCCGGGCACAAAGCCUCGCAUAAAGGUUUCAAGCUUCAUUUUGAGAAGGAAAGAGAAGUCUGCAGAGGCAACCCUUGUGUGUACGGUGUGUGUGUUCCAACUGAAACUAAGGCUUGUCAGUAUAAAUGUGUCUGUCAGUCCGGUUACACAGGAGAGAAGUGUGGUCAAGUUAUUGAAAAUGCAAAACUGAAAUGUACAUUUGAAAGAUUCGAGAAAUGUUUCUUCGACAAUGUACAGCACGGAGAUGAUUUUGAAUGGGGGCAAGGCUUUAGACACACCAUAUCUGAAGGAACAGGUCCAGAGGACGCUUUCAGGGGAGAGCGCUUCUUGUAUGCUGAAAUGUCGUUACCCAGAGUUUCUGGCAACAAAGCCAUUCUACAGACAAGUGUCCCAUUACCAGCAAAAGCAGGUUGCCUUUCUUUUGCAUACAAUAUGUUUGGUCGUACUGUGAAGAGACUGACGUUGUAUGCCGAAGGAACAAGCUCUGUCAAAAAUGUUUUGUGGUCAAAGGAAGGUAAUCAGGGUUCUGAUUGGUUGACGGCGACAGUAGAUGUCUCAGGAACCGAAGGAAUGAAGCUGUCCUUUGAGGCCAUAACAGGAGAAUCAUGGGACAGUGACGUUGCUUUAGAUGAGAUCACGUGGGAAAUUGGUUCAUGUAGGGCCGACCUAUUCAGUGAUUGUGUGGUAGCUGGAAAAGAAUAUACAGGGACACGAAACUACACUAGGAAGGGUGUGACAUGCCAAGCCUGGUCCUCUAAUACACCUCAUCAGGUGUAUUCAGCGUACUCCUAUCUGGCAUCUGAGUCGAACUACUGCCGUAUAGCUGACGAGCCAAGCCCUUGGUGUUACACAAUGGAUAAUGGCACUCGUUGGGACUGGUGUAGUGUACCGUAUUGCCUUGCGACAGAGUGUACCUAUACCCUCACCGGCAAGGAGUACACAGGGACUGUUAGCAACACAAAGACCGGUAUUCCCUGUCAGAGGUGGGACUCCAAAACCCCCCACGCCCACGACUUAAAUAACCUGUUUAAAGACGAAAACUACUGCAGGAACCCUGACGGGAGUGCAGGACCCUGGUGUUUUACCAUGGACCCUGAUAUACGUUGGGAGCUUUGUGAUGUACCAAAAUGUGAGAAGAUUAGUCGAGAAUGCGUAAUUACAGGAAGGGGACUAGACUACUUUGGAAAGAAGAAUGUCUCUAAGAACGGAAAAACAUGUCUCUCUUGGAAAGGCGCGUAUCAGCCAGUAUCGAUGGAGGAAGAUGCUAACUACUGCAGAAAUCCGGACUACUCGUCCAAACCAUGGUGUUACGUUCAAGGAGAUACCGGACCUGUAAAAGAAUACUGUGCAAUUCCAUCUUGUGCUGAUUCUCCAUGUUUUCCAAGUCCUUGCAAAAACAGAGGACAAUGUAAGGUGGAGGGAACCUCGUUCUUCUGCUCUUGUUUACAAGGAUUCUCGGGCGACAAAUGUGAGAUACAAAAAACUGGUCUUGUUGAGGAGGAAUGUAAAAGAUCGAGAAUAGGUUAUGAUUAUACAGGAAAGGUUCACGUCACACAAUCCGGAAAAACCUGUCAGGCAUGGAGUUCUCAGAUUCCGCAUUCACACUCCCAUACCAGUCUCCCUGAGAACUAUUGCAGGAACCCGGAUCUUGAACCUGCUCCUUGGUGCUACACUACAGAUCCGAACAAGCGCUGGGAACUGUGCAACAUUUCAGACUGUGUAACACCUCCACUGCAAUGCCUUCCAACCAAUGAUCCUAAAGGCAAGAAAUACUUUGGAUCUAUGACCGUGACAAUAAAAGGCGACCCGUGUCAGCGCUGGGAUUCACAAACACCACAUACACACCGGUUUGGUGGGCUGGCUGAUCAAGAUAACUAUUGUAGGAAUCCAGACGGCGAAAAGGUCCCUUGGUGUUACACAACUAAUCCAAAAAACAAAUACGAUUACUGCGCAAUUCCACAUUGUUGAUCAUGACUGCAAGCACAUGCUUUGCCGGAUAUAUACCAGUACUUAAAGAUUAAUGUUUAUCUCUAAAAUACUGUUUAUAUUAACUCAAGUUAUCGCUUCUGUAUUUUGAAGCUUCUAUGUUAAUAAGCGAUGCUUGCUCAAUAAUUAUAAAUAUGUCUUAUGUAUAUUAUAUUUCAUAUAUUACUUUGAUUGUUACACAACAACUAUAAAAACAUUAGAUAAGUUUCGAGAUUAAAAAUUGACGAACACCAACAAAUAUCAGAUAAUAGUUUUGGUGAAAAAAGAUAGAAACUACACGUAACUAACAGUAAAUGCUGUCGAGUAAAACGCAUAUUUGUCAUUGGAGUUUAAUAUAGAUAAAUACCCAAACGAUGUAAUUAUUUUGAAUAUAAGUAAUAACAUGAUAAAGUUUGAAAUUAUUUCUGUAUAACCAUUUUAACAAAUAGUAAUUCGGCAUUAGUUGCCGUUUUUGAGUCAACCUCAAAACAAGAUUAUGAAAUAUGGUGGUAGUUCAAAAUAUG